GUUGUUAUUUAUUAUUGGUGUGAAACAUUGUUCCAAGCACAAACUGCACAAAGAGAACCAAGACAUUCUAAUGAAAUGACUCUAAACAAGACGCCAUCUAGCUAGUACACAAGGAAACCCUAAUAGUUGUCAACAAACAAAAGUUUAUAAUUCCCUUACAACCGUCAACAAACUUGAUUUUUCUGAAUCCUCCCUUGUCUUUUUCUCACUACCCUCCUUUUCUAAUAAAUCAUGCCACCUAAAGAGCCAAAAGAAGAACUUGACCUUGACCAGAAGAAGGCUCAGCUCGCGAUCAAGUUCAACAAUGCCGCGCGUCAGUUCAGUGCUCUUGCAGAAGUGCUUUCCAAGGCUGUCGCCGAAGUACCCAUCGAUGAAACAACUGUUAACAAUCUCACCGAACUUUUGAACACGGCAAUCGCGAAACCAUCGCGUAAGCGCAAGCUCAUCGCGCUUGAGACCAGUGAGAAUGGUGUUCCCGGAAAGAAGAAGCGCGAAAAGAAAGCCAAAGAUCCCAAUGCACCAAAGGGGCCUGCCUCCGCUUACAUCUUGUUCCAAAAUGAUAUUCGUUCUGCGUACAAGAAAGAACAUCCAGACAUGUCUCACAAGGAGUUGCUAAGACUCAUCGGUGACCAGUGGAAGACGUUGUCCGAAGACAAGAAAGAUUUCUACCGUGAUCAGCACGGUAGGGCCAAGAAGAAACAUGAAGUUGACCUUGCCGCCUAUAACGCCCUACAACCCGAACAGGUUCCUACAGAGGCCAAGGACAGCGGGAAGAAGAAGAAGAAAGACGAAGAAUCAGACCAUCCCGCAACGAAAGAGGUUGCAAAGGCUGCUCCCAAAACUACCAAGAAGGCUGCUGCUCCCAAGGCUGGCAAGGUGAUUCCAAAAUCUAAAGAGAUUGUUGAGAGUUCGGGAUCUGAGGUAGAAGAUGCGUCAGAAGUAGAAGCCUCGGAUGCAGAGUCGUCAGACGAUGAACCAGCCCCGAAAGCCAACGCCAAGGCGACCACAGAUGAAGACUCCGAGUCCGAUUCUGAAGUCGAAAGCUCUUCCGAGGAAGAGGUUCCUCCUCCGCCUCCCACAAAGAAGUCCAGAAAAUGAUGUCAAGGUUUAUUGAGAGUUCCCCGCUGUGAAUCGGUUCCACGUUGCUAUCUUCGAUCUUCUUCGUAUGAUAUAUAUACUCUACUAUUUUAUCGUCAGCAAGCAUAUAUAUGGCUUAUUGAUUCUUCCAAUACUAUACAUACUAUUUUUCAAUGACUGGUCCAGUGCCAGUAGGGAUUACGUAUAAACACAGCAAUGUCACCCAUUACGUGUGACUAGGAGA